AGCUGUCCAAUUUCCUCUUUCUACAAAAUUUGCAUAUAUGCGCCAAUAAUUUUAUCUUUUCUGUAUAGUUAAACGCCCAAAAUCAGAGUAGCAGCUGAAGAUUUCGAACAUGGCUGCGGAGCCUUCGACGGCCGCGUCAAGCGGUAGAUCUGGCGCCGGCGGGGCAUCGGCGGACUCGUACAUCGGCAGCUUGAUAAGUUUGACUUCGAAGAGCGAGAUCAGAUACGAAGGUAUACUGUACAACAUCAACACAGAGGAGUCCAGCAUCGGCCUACGCAACGUGAGAUCAUUUGGAACUGAAGGACGGAAAAAGGAUGGACCCCAAGUCCCUCCUGGCGACAAAAUUUAUGAAUACAUACUGUUUAGAGGAACUGAUAUUAAGGAUUUGCAGGUCAAAGCUUCCCCUCCUCCAGUUCAGACCACACCUCCCAUCAAUAGUGAUCCUGCAAUUAUUCAGUCACAUUAUCAACGUCCGGCCGCCCCACCUACAAGCUUGCCUACAGGUCCUCCUGGGUCUUUAGCAGAUCUUGGUCCCCAUUCUGCUCCAAUGGGACUCCCUGGGCCAAAUUUCCAAACUGGUCCGCCUUCAUAUCAACAACCUGGAGGGAACUUGAAUUCUUGGGGCCCAACUCCGCCGAAUGCAAAUGGUAGUGGCUUACCUAUGCCAAUGUAUUGGCAGGGAUUCUAUGGCGCACCUAAUGUUCUUCCACAACUACCUCAACAGUCCUUGCUUCGGCCUCCUCUUGGCAUGUCAAUUACUCCACCCAUGCAACAGAUGCAAUUUUCUGGCUUCAAUUCAUCUUUACCAACAGCUGCAUCUAGCCUGCCGAGUUCUAGUUUACCUGAUCAUCAUUCUUCGUUUAUUCCUAACAGCACUAGUUCUUCUAGUUUACCAUCUAGUAGUUUUCCUGCUUCGACUUUGUCUUUGAAUCUGCCCCCUAUGCAACCUGUUUCUUCAUCAUCUGAAAUAAUGACCAAUCUGCUGCCAAACAAGGCUCCAGUUUCUACCAUCCCUUCAUCAAUACCGAGUUCUGGAUUGCCAUCACUAGCUCCAUUUUCAGCUCCUGAUAAUGCAGGAACAUCUUCCAUCACUAGCAAGAGCAUAGGAAAUGUCCCAACAGCCGUGCCCCAGCAGACCCUAUCUCAGCCUGUAACAUCUAAUGUUGGGACAUCUGGUUCUGGUCUUACAGAAACUCCAACACCUUCUUUAAUAACCCCAGGGCAUCUGCUGCAGUCUGGACCAUCUACUGCUUCUGCACCUCAAUCUUUACAAACAACACAUAAGGAUGUGGAAGUAGUCCAAGUGUCAUCAAAGCCUGUGAAAGAACCAUCAGCUCCUGUGGCAGCGGAAGCUCAACCACCUAUAUUACCAUUGCCACCAAAUGCUCGCGCACAUAAGCCCAAUGGAGGCCCUCAUUACAUGCGUAACAAUUACAGAGGGCGUGGUGGUCCUGGUGGAAGAGGAUCUGGGAAUCAGCGACCAAUUAUGAAAUUUACUGAAGAUUUUGAUUUUAUGGCAAUGAAUGAGAAAUUCAAUAAGGACGAAGUUUGGGGUCAUCUGGGAAAAGGUAAUAGAUCACAAUCCAAUGAUAAUGAAGGAAAUGGUAAUGGCAGUGAUGAGGAAGAUCGAGAGGACGAGGAUAAUGUUGAACUGCCUAAUGUUGAAGUGAAGCCUAUUUACAAUAAGGAUGACUUCUUCGACUCCCUUUCUUCCAAUGCUUUGAACAAUGAUGGAAGGACAAGAUAUUCUGAGCAAAUAAAGUUAGACACAGAGACGUUUGGAGAAUAUUCAAGGUAUCGAGGUGGUAGAGGUGGUCGGGGACCAUAUCGUGGUGGCGGUCGUUAUCGCGGGUCCUCCUAUGGAAGAGGAGGUUAUGGUGGUUAUGGAUAUGUAAAUAGGGGACGUGGACGCGGGCGUGGCAUGCAGAGUCCAGCGCCCCAGUGACCGGGAUCAGCGUAUAAACUUUCAUGUAAUGUGUUUGUAUCUUGAUUGUGAUUUGAGUAUUAAACUUAGGGUAUGGGACAGGAGUUGUUGAUCUUCCUCUAAUAUUCAAUUUCCCUUUUUCAUCGAUGUGAAGUUGAAGUAGAGGCUCCGAGUUGAGUGAGCCUUGUAGAGGAGGUGAAGUUGCUGAUAUUUUGUUUUUCGAAGAUGUACUUGAACUGCAAGGUAAUGAAGACUUGAAGUGGAUUC